AUGGCCUCUGGGGACCGCAGGAAUUGGGGUAACACCCCGCCACAGAGUGCAGCCCCACCGCCCUGGGUGACCGUCCUGCAGCUCCUCCCGUGGGUCCCCCCCAGGCCCCCACAGCCGGGCCCGUGUGAGGGAAGGGAAGACCUGCUGGAGCUGCUGCUGCUGCAGAACGUGCAGACGCACCAGCUGCUGCUGAGUCCCUGGCGGCGGAGGCGCGGAGCCCAGGGCCAUUCUUGCCUGGCCCGCAGGUGCGCGGGGGUGCGGGCCCCGGCUGAGGAUCCUACUGGGGUCCCCACUAGAGGGCAGCUUCUGGGCAUGGAGAGCAGGAAGCCAGUGCAUACCUCUCCGGCCGAAUCGUCUACAGGGGGGGGGGGGUGGGGGGGGGAACGUGAAGAAUGGGAGGAAGGGCCUUUGGUGUUCCACCGCCACUACCUGCCCUGCCUCAUGUCCUCCCUGAGCCCCCCAUCACCCUGGCCAGCCCCUCCCCUGCCCCCUCCUCCAAGCCGUCCUCACAGGCUGGAUGCACCGAGGAUUCAGCACCUGCCUCCUACCUCUGGACAAAGAGGGGUGAGAGAUGUGCCCCCACCUCCUCCUCCCAGUGCCACAGAGACUGUGGGUGCAGAUGCACCCCCAGCUUCAGAGGAGCCCUCCUCCCCAGACGAGCCCUCCCCCCCAGACGAGCCCUCCCCCCCAGACGAGCCCUCCUCCCCAGACGAGCCCUCCUCCCCAGACGAGCCUCUCCCAGUGGAUCAGGCCCGCUCCUCCCCACCGCCAUCUUGA